AUCAAGAGCACUACUAAAGUACUUAGGAUUGAAACAAAGGAAAAGAGAAAGAAUAGCCAAACCCAAAAUAACUAUGUCUGUGAGUAACUCAUCAUCACUUGUUCUAAUCACUUUGAUAUUGGCCACGUCGUGCCUAGUCUCCGAGAGCCGUGUUGCAAGAAAAGACUUGGGUAUAGACCUUGGCGGGAUAGGGAUCGGUACUGGCAUCGGCAUCGGCAUAGGCGUUGGUGGAGGUGGAUCCGGAUCCGGUGCUGGUGCCGGGUCUGGAUCCGGAGGAGGAGGAGGAUCAAGCUCUUCUUCCUCAUCUAGCUCCAGUUCUUCUUCGAGCUCUGGUGGUGGUGGAGGCGACGCGGGAUCAGAAGCUGGAUCAUACGCGGGGUCACAUGCCGGGUCUGGUUCGGGUGACGUUCCGGGUAGCCGUAGAAGAGGAGGUGGAGGAGGAGGAGGUCACGGUGGAGGAGGUGGAGGAGGAGGGGGUCGUGGUGGAGGAGGUGGAUCCGGUAACGGAGGAGGGUACGGUGAAGGCGGUGGAUAUGGAGGAGGAUACGGUGGUGGCGACGACUAAAUGUGUAAUAUCGCAUGCAUGCAUGUGUUUUACGUAAUAAUUAUGAGUAUGUUUAUUUUCAAAAAAAUUGCUUCGGAAAAUAAUAGCCUAAAGUGGGUGAGUAAAGGAGAUGGAAAAAGCUUCGAAAUUGUAUGGUUAAUUAUGUAUUCUUCCAUAUUCAAAAUAGAUUAUUGGUGUUUGUAGAUGUGUUUACUUAUGUACUAUAUACUUCCAAUUAUAAUAGUUAAGAAUUUGUAUACGAUGUAGUGUUUUUUUUUUUUGGUUUUAAUACGAUGUAGUGUUUUUAUUCCC